AUGAGCCUCCUCUCUCGCAGUGCGCGCAGCGCGCUCGCUGUGCGCCGCGCCGCCGCCGUUCCGACACAGGCUGCGCGAUUCGAGUCGACCGACGCUUCGUCUUCCUCUGCCGCCAAGCCCGCUGCCGACAAGAAGUCCGACAAGAAGGUCCCGGCCAAGCAGCCCGCGAAGAAGCGUGAAGUCUCGUUCGAGGACCGCGAGCUCGAGCGAAAACUGAACCUGAAGGAGCGGGUGCGCAAGCAGAGCGAGCUGGAGCGAACGACGCUCCGCCCCGACCAGCAGAAGAGCUACAACGCCCCGUACGCCGUGUACCCGAAGCGCAACCCGUGGGACAUCAACAAGCUGCCCGAGUUCAAGUGGGACGAGCCGUCGUCGGCGGGUUUCCUGCGUAUCCAGCAGAUUGAGGAGAUGCGCUCGCUUAUGAGCAAGGCUGAGCUCGACCGGCCGGCGCUGCAGGCCCAGGCCGAGGCCCACCCCUUCAAGCUUCCCAAGGGUCAGAUCCGGGUGCAGCGCACGAUCGACCUCUCCGACCCCGAAUCGCCUCUGCAGCAGAAGGCCGUCGUGAUUGCCCCCGUCUCCGCCCUUCCGCUCGAGGGAGCGGACGCUUUGCGCCGCUUCAAGGUCCUUGCCGGCCCGCGGUGGACUCCGGGUUGGCCGGGCCGGAUGGAGCUCGAGCAGGCCGCAGAGGGCGUCGGCGCCGAGGGCUACGUCAAGAUCUCGGAGGAGACGUACGCGACGAUGCGCAUGAACCGCAAGUCGGCCUCGGACAUGCUCGAGCGCCUCGUCGCGGCCGCCAACGACGCCAACUCCCCCCUGCCCAAGGACGUGCAGGCCGACCCGCGCUACAUGCUCAUGCGCGCCAAGAAACGCAAUGGCGGCGCGCGCGAUCGCGGGCUCACUAUCGAGGCUCUCAAGCGCAACCCCCACCGCGUGGGCGGCGUCAAGGGCUUCCCGCUCGAGUGGCUCACGCCCAAGAUGCAGGAGAAGGCGCUGGCUGAGCAGACGAAGCAGACCCAGAAGCAGUAG